CAACGUAAACUCGGCGAGACUGACGCGGGACUCGACUCGGGCCUUCACCCGGUUCGGCGCGGGAAAACUAUACAUCUUGUUUAUUCUUCUCCCCCCUUUAUACGCGAUUGUUUUAUUGUACAUGGUGUCUGUACGUGUUAGUUUUUUUUUACUUUAAGCGGGGGGAGGGGGGAGAGAGAAACAAUUUCCUCACGAGUGGUUUGCGAGGGAGCGCGGUCCAAUCAGACGUCGCCUUGUAGCCACUUCCGGAAGUUCCCGCCCCUACACGCGCCGCCAUCCACCCGCGCUAUAGCCCGUCGCUGCGCGCUCUAUUAACAAACUACUCGGUAUCGUAGCCUUCAGCUAAGUAACGUUCGUUGCGCUCGUCAUUAUUUACCUCCAGACAGCCUUCGUUGGGAUUUUUUCAUUGUUCGUUUGAUUGGAUUUCUGCUCCCCGCGCACCGGCGGAGGCGUUGGACUGGGGCUCCCGCCUGCGGCCUAGCGAAGGCUCCCCGCGGAGUUUCCAGGCAAGGCCGGGAAUCCCGGCAGGGCCCGCAGAGGGAGUCGCAAUGAGCGCGGCCAAGCCAACCAAGAUAUCAUGGAAACUGCAGGAGUUUGUGGCGCACGGGAGCGACGUUUCGUGUCUGGCUCUCGGCCGCAACUCUGGCCGCGUCAUGACAACGGGCGGUGAGGACCACAAGGUGAACCUGUGGGCCGUCGGCAAGCCCAACUGCAUCAUGAGCCUGUCGGGGCACACGUCCCCAGUAGAGUGCGUGCGGUUUAAGGACACGGAGGAGCUGGUACUCGCCGGGUCGCGGUCGGGCGCUCUCAAAAUCUGGGAUCUCGAAGCCGCCAAGAUUGUGCGGACGUUGACGGGACACAAGUCCAGUGUACGGAGUCUCGACUUUCACCCGUAUGGGGAGUACGUCGCCUCUGGCUCACUGGACACCAAUGUCAAGCUCUGGGACAUCAGGCGCAAGGGAUGCAUAUUCACCUACAAGGGCCACACAGACUGUGUCAACUGCUUGCGGUUUAGCCCUGACGGGCGCUGGAUCGCAUCUGCUGGCGAGGAUGGGACAGCCAAGCUUUGGGACCUGACUGCUGGCAAGCUGCUGUACGAGUUUACAGAUCACAUGGCUGCUGUCAGCUCACUGGAGUUCCACCCCAACGAGUUCUUGCUUGUCACGGGCAGUGCCGACAGGACGGUGCGGUUCUGGGACCUUGAAAAAUUUCAAUUGGUUAGCGCCUCAGAAGGGGAAGCUUGCGGUGUCAGGUGCGUGCUCUUUAACCCGGACGGCUCGUGCCUAUUCAGCGGCUCCCAAGACAUGAUGCGCGUCAUGGGAUGGGAGCCCUUCCGCUGCUUCGACUCGCUGCACGUGGGCUGGGGCAAGCUGGCUGACCUUUCCAUCCUCUCCAACCAGCUGAUCGGCGCCUCGUUUCAAAAAUCGACGGUGUCCGUGUACAUCGUGGACCUGGCGCAGGUGAACAAAAGUGGCCUGGGCCUGCUCGCGGCGGACAGGCCAGCUGCCCCUCUCUCGCCCAACACCACGCCGUCGAGAGCAAACUACGUGCGCCCGCACACCAGCAGCUCCAAGCAGGCCAACGAGAUGAAAAGAGAACCAGAGCAGGAGGCGCGAGGAGCAAACGGGGAUGAAGAGGAAGAGGAAUCUUCAUCAGCAGAAAUUACCAACCCUGACGAGUACAAGAAGAUCUUCCAGCCCAGCCCAAUGUUAGACCGAACACCUCCCAAAAAAGCCGAACCCUUUCCUGCCCCUCCAGAGGAAGAUGGACUUCUCGGGAAGAACGUUCUAGCUGUUGUUCAUAAUGACCGACCACUGACCAAAGCCAAGAGACAGGUCCCAUCGGUGGUGGUCAGCGAGGAUCCGGCAACCAAUCAGACGGAGGCAGCUGUGGUACCUGGAGGCAGGAAGGCCCCUUUGGGUUUACGGGCGGCCGACUUCUUACCCAACCCCGAGCGGGAGAUGACCGAGGAGGAAGUCCUGUCGCAGGUACGCAAGGGAUACGAGACCCUCUGCACUCUCUUGACUGAUCGGCACAAGAAGCUCAAGAUUGUACUUGCGCUAUGGACCAGCUGUGAGAUAAAGACGGCCAUCGAUGCUGCCAUCUCCAUGAACGACGCUGCCGUCAUUAAUGACGUCCUCGGCAUCAUGAACUCAAAGCCCUCCCUUUGGAGGCUGGACCUAUGCCCAGCACUCAUCCCUCAGAUAGAAAAGCUCCUGCAUAGCAAAUAUGAGAGUUACGUUCUCACCGGAUGCGUGGCCCUCAAGAUCAUCCUGCAAAACUUUGCUUCGGUCAUCAAGGGCAACCUGACAGUGCCGCCGUCAUCCGUGGUGGACAUCACACGUGAGGAGAGAUAUCAAAAGUGCAAGGUGUGCCAUCGGCUUCUCAUGAACCUGCGACCUCUGUUGGACAGCAGAAAGACUCGAUCUGGACGUGUGAGCGGUGCCUUCCGUGAACUCGGAAUGCUCAUGAUCACGUUCGAUUGAGCUUUCCUGGCCAGCGCACACAAGUACCCUCCUCCUGGUGGCUCCUCAGCCGGAGGCACAUGGAGCCCGGUGGAGCAGUGCACGCGAGCGCUGGAACAAGGCGUGGUCAGGGCUCCCCCCGACGUUCCGCCCGAGAACGGUUUCUCCCAGUGGGCCUGUCCUCGCAGUACGGCUCAACAAGUUGUCAUUGAUUACGUCAGCUGCUUCAUAUAUUUUUCUUUUGCAGCAUGACUGGAAUUUACAAUCUUCAUUUGCAACCGCCAUUGCUCUAGGCACACGGAAGACACUUGCGGUAUGGAGACGGGACGGUGCUUGAUCACUGUGGGUCACAGUCAAGUGGAGGAAGAUUGUUUUUUUACAACUCAACUGUGGUGUGAUCCAAGUCUAGUUUUAUUUUUUUCUUCAAAAAUGUGGAAUUCACUUCUGAGAAACGGAGUGGUCAGAUUUGCAGAGUGCCUCUUGUGGCGCAGAAAACAACAUCACGCAAGAAGGAAAUGCAGUGCCUCCCUGAUGCGUAUGGCAGAGGGGGGGGGGCGGCCCGCUUUGCGCCGUAAAGAACAUGUGUUGAGACGCUCAUUCAUUCUGCCGUGAAACCAGAGAGGCUCGGAAUAACACAGCCCCUGAACCCAGAAGGAGUUGAAAAAGAACAGUCGUAAUAUUCGCGAGGAUGGUGAUGAAGCCACUUGGAAUAAACGCAACUCUUGAAACGUUUUUUGUUGCUUGUGAAGCAUUUGCAUUUAUUUUUAAUCGGGGACUUGCUCUGCGAUUGCACAUGCAAAACAUGCGGUGGAGUGUACGCAUGCUGCUGGUUGCUGUGGCCGAGAGAAACGCCGCAUUGUAAGGAGCUGGCUUCAGCUGUGCCUCUCGGGCUGGUUGAGAACCUUGCCUCUUUGAGAUGUGUCUUUAGCACGUACAGUGGUCCCUGCAGAAGCCUUUGGAUGACCCGUGACCAGUGUGUGAUUCUUUUUUUUGUUUAUUUGGGAGAAGAUCCUGAGAGGGAAGGGUGCUUUGUUGUGCAUGUGUCGCUCUGCCCGUGCCUCCAUUGCAUCGCGUUUAGUCUCGGCGUUGUACAACUGUGAUAAUGGCACGGUCAACAAAACAGAAAGUGAAAGGUAAAAAUCACAAUUAUUUCCCUUCAGGAAAGUGUGUACGAACGUGUUUGUUGACGUCGAUCUUUUUGUAUAUAUAGUGACUUUCUUUUAUAUUUUGUUGUCAAACAAAAACUAUUUCUAAGCACUAUAACAUUUGGCAGUUAAUAUGCACUAAUACUUGUAAAAUACACUUAAGCAUAUUGUGUAAAGAAAAAAAACUGCCAAAUUCCAAUAUUUGUGACAUCUCUGCCCAGCAUUGCCGUGUAAAGGGGCAUACACGCGUGCUCGUGUAAGCGCACGCAUUUACACUUGUACAGUGUACACUGAAGAAUCCCACAACAAGCUGGAGUGCAUGGAUGAACUAUGCACAACCUCAUUACGCCAGAAGGUAGCCAUCGUGUUCCAUGUGUUUAUGCAGACUCCCAAGAAGUACCUUGGUGUGCCUGAUUUCCAUCUCAAGAACCCUGUCAGCUUUUGCUUAGCUGCACCAAAUGAGUACUGCAGAGAGCAAGGGGCAUGCCUUAUUAAAAACAAAAAAAAUUGCAGGUUGAGUGUGCAGGCAUAACAACUGCAUCUGAACAACUAUAAACAAUAUUUAUUGUUCUUUCGGUAAAGUCACGUCGAAGGUAAAUAAUAAAAUAAUACAAAUAUAAAACAAUAAAAAUUCUCACGACGUUUCGACUGCAACACAAGCAAUCAUCAUCACGUGUGAUGAUGAUUGCUUGUUGCAAAAAAUAUUAUUUCCCUUCUACGUGACUUUACCGAAAGAACCAAGAAUAUGAAUCCCUGCAGUCACGAAAGCUUUAAAUCAAAAUUUAACUAUAAAAAAUGUUUGUGCUUUCGAGUCAACUCUUAAACGUUUUGUUUUCUUUGAAAUUAAAAAGUAACACCCUUGCUUCGGUUUUAUUGUGAUUGGUGCCAGUGUCCAUUUUUGGCUAGGGUUAUGACACGGUGCAACUCUGUAAAAAUGAGACGUCAACUUCGGUGUACACUGCAAGCGAAUGGAUGAGGUACUUACUUCCCCGUGUGACAUUUGUGUUGGGGAAAAAUGGGUGGUGUGACAUGCAUUACUAAUGCGGUGAGACACAACAAAAUUAUAAUCUUAGAACAUUACCGCUGCACUGGUAUAUGAAGUUUGUUUGGUAUUCUAUUUUAUAAAGCCACGUUUCCAAAAUGUAUUGUAAAUUUAUUACAUGCAUUUAAAUUAUACGGAUGGUUUUCUGCAAUGGCAAAUAACAUUUGGAAUUUUGAUUCAGCUCCUUUGAAUCUUACGUCUUUUAUUAGCGACAAAUUAGGUCAAAAAAUAAUGCCAUGCUGAAAUACUACAAACUAUUGGUGAUUGGUUAGUCAAUUCAGGGUCAGCUGAUGCUGUCAAUGAAUAUUAAAUGAAUGCUUUCAUCUGCACCUUUGUUUCAGUGGGGGGGUUAAUGUGAAUGUGAUAUCAAGCAUACCUUACGAAAUAUUCGUUAACAUUUCGGUAAAAAUACAUGUACUGUAGGUUUUGUUGUGCCCUGUAGUGGAUGGGCUUAUCUGAAAUAACCCUAGCUCUGAUCACAUUCACCGCUGCAAUUACUGUCACUGACCGCACCAUUUAAAAUAGGCCAUACGUGUGACUUCAUUCAACACGAGUAAUGAUCACUAUGAAAGGACCAUUUCUCAAGAACCCCCUAGUAAUUCCUGCAUGCGAUUACAACACGUCCAGUAUAAGUGGGAGAAGUAGUUUAUAUAUUCUCCAUGUCUGAGAGUGCUAACCAUCAGGGGCUUUUCAAAAUGUACAUAUUCAUAUUGGGUCUUUUUUUGCUUAAUAUUCUUUUUAGGGCUAUUUAAAUUUGUAUUGGAUGGAAUGGAAUUCAAAAUAAAACUAGUUUGUGCUUUUGUUCA